AUGUCUGGUGAGCCACAGGCGUUGCGGCGGUCCCCGCGGCGGCCUCUGCCAGAGGCAAAGCUCUACGAAACUGGGGUCGACAUGCGCUCGGAGCUCAAACGCGCCCGUAGCAACAUGCGCAAGCUAUUGAAGCAGAACAAGCGUGAUAACGUUGAGCUUUCGGACCUGGAGGAACUCGACCCAGGCAUAUGCAGCGAUGAAGAUGACGACUACAAGUCAGGCGACGAGACCUCAGAAGGGGCAGCCAACGAGUCACUCGAAGAAGCUGCCAUUGUGUUAGCGCGAGCCUCAACAUCAGUCACCACCACCGCUAAUCCCCACGCUGCCCCACCCCCCGUUGUCGAAGCUGCGACCGACAAAAACAAGCGUCAAAACGAGCUCUACGCGGCGCGAAGGAGGAAGCAGGAUGAGCGCAAGAGGGAGGAGAAGAAGACCACGGCCGUGCCGCACAACGCCCUGCCUGACCCGCCCAAGGGCCUCCGCUUUGUCCGGCGGUACAUCAAUGCCGACGAGACCGUCUUCGAAGAGGUCUCAGUCGCGGAGUACAAGGUGGAGAAGUAUGGGUACCAAGCCCUCCAUGACCCUGUCAAAACCAAGACACCCCCGACAGUCGAACAACUUGAAGACCGCGAGUACUCAUUCCUCAACUGGGACGGACUGUAA